GAAUGCCCCAGCAUCGGGAUCACCAAAGGCCUCCUAGUGGGAUAGUUAGUAUCUCCCAGUGGAAAGACAAGGGUGGAGUCUAGUCCCCAUCCAGACUAGCGCGUCAUCACGGUGCUCGCCGCCUGAGGCAGACGCGAUGAUAUCACGGGCGGAAAGCAAAGCAAAGUGAUGCAUCAACUCGUCCUUGUCGUCGCACCUCCCGAACAAUGCUCAAUAAUGGCCCCCGUAGCGACCCCCUUUCGCGCCCGUCGCAGCGCCGGCCCGCAAUUCGCGUCCACCCCCCGGUUCUUCCUCUCGCAGACUCCCGCCUCGCAGUCGCAACAGACACCCCGCGAUGUCGAGGUGGAUGACUUCCCCGACGCCACCCCCGUGCCCGCAGGCCGCACCUUCAAACGCGGCAGAGAGGUCGCUCCAACCCCCCGCCAGAGGGACCUGAUCGAAGACUCGGACGACGAGCCGGACGAUGAUGAUUCGCCAAUCCGCCCCGCGAAGCGUCCAAGUCUCUCGCCCAGUCCGCGCAGCUCCCCCGAAGUACAAGGCGCUUUGGAUGCCGAGUUCGAGGACCUGUUCGGGUCGAUUUCGGAUCGUAAGAGACGACGCGUCGCGAAUACCACCACCAACUAUGACAAGAACAACAAUGGAUCCCCAUCUAUAAUACCCCGAAGAAGACCCGCCGAUCUCAUCGUGACAUCCUCCCCGGAUCCUCCAUCUCCAUCUUCAGCUCCAACAGCACCACCCAACCCCCCAUCAUCAUCAUCAUCAUCAUCAUCAGACAACCCUUCCACUCCAGCACAAGCACAAGCACAAGCACAAGCACAAGCACAAGCACAAGCAUCACACCAAAACCCCAUCUUCCUCAAACCCGCCCCAGAAACCCCCCAUCCCUCCACCCCAGCCAGCGCACGACCAUCCUCCCUCCAUCCCCAUCCCCACCCCCGCCGCUUCCUCCUCUCCCAACCCCCCAGCAACACCCAACCCAGCAGCACCCCAAAAACCACCCCCGCAUUCGUCCUCCCCCGCUCCCCCUCCCCACCCCACGAACAGCCCGACGAUCCAUCCAUCCCAGCCCCCUUCUCCUUCUCUCCCUCCUCCCGCGCCCUUCGUCGGGGGCGCCACCGCUCAGCGCAUAACAACUAUGUUCCUGGGGGGAUGGCGGCGACGGUGCGCAGUUGGGUUUUGGAGAUGGGGAUGAAGAGGGAGAGGGAGAGGGAGAGGGAGAGGGGCUUAGAUGGGAAGUAUGGGAAGGAUGUUGAUGUUGAGGAGGGUGAUCAGGGGAUGAAGGAGAAUGCGAAUGCGAAUGCGAAUGCGAAUGCGAAUAUGAAUGUGAAUCUGCUUUUAAUGGGGGGCCCCAUGGGGAGGGUGAAUGGUCUCGCGCCGGAGGAGGGAGGGAUGGAGUUGAAGGUUGGGGAUGUGGUGGGUGUUUAUCGGGGGUUGGCGUGGGAGGUGAAUCUAGGAGGGGAUGAGAAUCAGAAUCAGGAUGGGGAUGGGGAUGGGAGUGAUAGAGUAGGGACCGAUACAGUGAAGAGUAGGAGGAUAUCGCAGCCAGACCGCGAAUACAUGCACAGUCUGGGGAAGUGGCGGGUCGGGAUGGAGUGGGAGGUCAUCCGGUCCAGGACAUACAUAACAUGA